AUGCAAUUUGCUGAUAAGAAGUUUGGUGAGUUCCUUACGGGCCUAGGGAUAAAACAGAGGUUCUUGUUAGUGGAGCACCCUCAGACCAAUUGCCAAGUCAAAGCCGCAAAUAAAGUCAUCCUCCAAGGCCUUAAGAAACGGCUUGAACAGAAAAAGGGAGCAUGGGCAGACGAACUCGCAUCAGUCUUGUGGUCCUACAGAACGACACUACAAUCCUCCACCAGGGAGACGCCUUUUCGACUUAGCUGUGGGGUUGAUGCAAUGAUUCCCGUGGAAGUAAGAGAACUGAGUCCAUGGUUAUUCCUUGGUAGAGUCGAGGAAGCAGUGGAAAAAGAUCUGAUCGACGAGACUAAGGAGAUGGCUCACUUGUCAGAAAUGGCAUUGAAACAUAGAAUAGCCCUACGAUAUAAUGCCAAAGUACUAAAGAGAGGUUUCGAACCAAACGACCUAAUUCUACGAUGCAACGACGUGGGGCCACCUACCCCCGGAGAAGGGAAACUGGCAGCUAAAUGA